GUUCAACCCGUUUCAGCUCUUACAACAAACGGCUGCGCAACUCUUAUUCUGCUGCUGUAGAAGCUUAUUUCAAAUUCAGAAUGAAUACCAAGGUUCAAAGUUUUCUAUUAGCUCUUGUGCUUCUGUCUAGUAUGUUUAGUGACAGUGAAGCUUAUUUCCCUGCCAGAGUCGGACGCAAAUCUUCAAUUGAGGUCAGUAUAUUUAUACUAAAAAAUAAAAAAACAAAAUUAGGCGUUAGUGGCAGAGUAAAACUUUUAUGAAAUGAUUCCUAUUUCUUCCAGCGCUUUCCGAAUUUUGCUGACUAUUAAAUGAAAUUCCAAAGUUUCGUAAAAAGUGAAAAAAAAAGUUCUUUCUUUUCCCUUGACAGGGAGCUGAUGGUAGUGAAGAUGCCUUUAUGGGAACUCGAGUGACUCGAGACCGGGUUAGUGAUAACUUAGAAAGUAUGAUUAUAUUUUCAUUUCCAGGUCUGUGAUGCUAUAUUGGUAGUUCAACCAUUGUAACUGGAUUUAAAACAGGAUUUUUGAUCAUUAAUUCUAGCCUUUUUAGGGGAGUUCAAGGGGUAGUUUGAUUGAUUAUCGUUGAAGUAGAGCGAAAGAAGAUAAGGCGGGUUAUAAGCAUUAACCGGGUACUGAUCUUCUGAGAGGCUCAGGAUCCCCGGAGGAGGAGAGGGGUUGGCGACUCCCAUACGAAUGCAAGCGGAAUGUUUACCCGAAAAGUGUCAAGGAAUCCAUCGUAAGUUUUGGGAAAACUGCUAAAGUACCUCAAGAACAAGGCUGUGACGUCCCUGACUUUCAUGUUCGCUUGACUAGCGUUGCAUUUUCGGCUUCUUUUUCUUGCGCUAUUUGACAUGUUUUUUUUUUGUAUCCCUGGUUGUAGGACUUAUCCAAGAUGCAAUUAAAAAGAGAAGAACUCUGCGAAGUCUCUAAAAGAGUCUGUUGACGAUGCAAGACGGGUCAAGACCCAAAACACUAUUAGCUACAAUAAAAUUAUUACAAUAAGCAAAAUACCCUAGGAAAAAUGACCAUACGCUUACACGACCUAUAUAUAUAUUAUAAAUACAAAGAGUUUAAUUGGAAUUUUUAAAUAAAGGUAUUCAAC